CUGGCGGCGUAAGGCGCGCGGGCCCCGGAGCGGGCGCGGCGGAGCGCGGCGAGCCCGGCGCCUCCCGUCCCGAACAUGCGGAGGCCGGCCCAGGCGACGCGGGAGCCGGAGCGGGGGCCCAAGCGGGCACCGGAGCCGGAGCGCGAGCGGGCGCGGGGCCCGGAGCGGGGGUCCGCGCUGCGCUGCUGAGGCCGGGCCGGCCGCCCAGACGCUGCCCGCGGGCCCGGCCACGGCGGAGCCAAGCUGUGAGCCGUGAGCUUUGAGGCGGUGGGACCUGUCAGCAGAAUGUCUCCUGUCCCCGAGAGCGACCCUGAGGCCACUGAGAUGAGCACCGCGGCCUGGCCGGCCCAAGCACCUGCGUCUCAGUAGCUGGGAGCCGCGGGCCCACGCCCGCCCACCGGCCGCGGUGAUGUUCUAGCCACAGAGGAGCCAAGACCUCAGGUUUGCAGAGACUUGGGGUUUGCACGGCAGCAGAGUCACCGUGGAGAGGCCAGGGUAUCACAAACUUAUGGAUUUUGACAAGAAAGGAGGGAAAGGGGAGACGGAGGAGGGCCGGAGAAUGUCCAAGGCCGGCGGGGGCCGGAGCAGCCACGGCAUCCGGAGCUCGGGGACCAGCUCGGGGGUCCUGAUGGUGGGCCCCAACUUCCGCGUUGGCAAGAAGAUUGGCUGCGGCAACUUCGGGGAGCUCCGCCUAGGAAAGAAUCUCUAUACAAAUGAAUACGUGGCUAUCAAAUUGGAGCCCAUCAAGUCCCGGGCCCCGCAGCUGCACCUGGAGUACCGGUUCUACAAGCAGCUCAGCGCCACAGGUACCGGGCGGCCCGCGGGUGGGGCGGGGGCUGCGCAGGGGCAGGGAGGGGGCUGCCGCCGCACGCCCGUGCGUCUGUCCUCCGCCGCAGAGGGCGUCCCUCAGGUCUACUACUUCGGCCCGUGCGGGAAGUACAACGCCAUGGUGCUGGAGCUGCUGGGGCCCAGCCUGGAGGACCUGUUCGACCUGUGCGACCGGACCUUCACGCUCAAGACGGUGCUGAUGAUCGCCAUCCAGCUGAUCACGCGCAUGGAGUAUGUGCACACCAAGAGCCUCAUCUACCGGGACGUGAAGCCCGAGAACUUCCUGGUGGGCCGCCCGGGGACCAAGCGGCAGCACGCCAUCCACAUCAUCGACUUCGGGCUGGCCAAGGAGUACAUCGACCCCGAGACCAAGAAGCACAUCCCGUACCGCGAGCACAAGAGCCUGACGGGCACGGCGCGCUACAUGAGCAUCAACACGCACCUGGGCAAGGAGCAGAGCCGCCGCGACGACCUGGAGGCGCUGGGCCACAUGUUCAUGUACUUCCUGCGCGGCAGCCUCCCCUGGCAGGGGCUCAAGGCCGACACGCUCAAGGAGCGGUACCAGAAGAUCGGGGACACCAAGCGCGCCACGCCCAUCGAGGUGCUCUGUGAGAACUUCCCAGAGGAGAUGGCCACGUACCUCCGCUACGUGCGGCGCCUGGACUUCUUCGAGAAGCCCGACUAUGACUACCUGCGGAAGCUCUUCACCGAUCUCUUCGACCGCAGCGGCUUCGUGUUCGACUAUGAGUACGACUGGGCCGGGAAGCCCCUGCCGACCCCCAUCGGCACCGUCCACACCGACCUGCCCUCCCAGCCUCAGCUCCGGGACAAAGCCCAGCCGCACAGCAAAAACCAGGCGCUGAACUCCACCAACGGGGAGCUGAAUGCGGACGACCCCACUGCCGGCCACUCCAACGCCCCCAUCACGGCGCCUGCAGAGGUGGAGGUGGCCGAUGAAACCAAAUGCUGCUGUUUCUUCAAGAGGAGAAAGAGAAAAUCGUUGCAGCGACACAAGUGACUCUGGGCGCGUGCAUCCCCCUGAAUCUUCUCCGUGCAGCCCCUUGGGGCGCGAGCUUGUGCGAGGCCCUCGGGGCCCACCCACAGCGGCCCAGGGCCAGACCCUGGCUGGAAGCCAGAACGCAGACUGCAGGGGCCGCGCCUGGCUCAGGCGGCGGCCCCACCCCCGGGACGUGGGGUCACUUCCUUCACGUAAGACUUUGGCCGAAAUUUCUACACCUGUGUCUAGUCCUCCCCUCCAAGAGCAUUAACUAUUUAAAACAAGGAAAAAAGGAAAAAAAAACAGAGGCCCGCCCUACCCCCACUCCUGCCCCUCCUUUCUUUGCUGAAGUGAGUAGUGUGAUCCUGGAGGCCCCCUGGCUGAGGCCCGGCCCCGCCCGGCCCCGUUAGCGUCAUAAAGUCCAGCUUGUCUCCCUCGAUCCAAAGGCCGUUUUCUCGAGGGGAGGGCAGGCCCUGCCUGGAGGGGUGCUGUGGAGCUGUCUCGCCCAGGCCCUCCUGGGAGGGGGACAGGCAUUGUUGCCAGGGGUGAGGGCCAUGCCCUAGGCCUCCCCAAAACCAAAGGGGAAGGCAGGGGUGGGGUCGUGGCUGAAGCCGGCUCCCCAACCAAAAUGCUGCACCAAAGCUCGGGCGCCGCGGGCACAGCCACUGCAGUCUCUUCCCAGCCUGGCCCUGGCAAGGGGCGGGUGGGCGCUGCCAGGCGGGUGCUUCUCGAUGCACUUGCUCCCGGAGGCUGCGCCCUGGCGCCUGGAACCCGAGGUGGGAGGACCGGCUGGUGUCACUCUGCUCGGCCCUGGGCCCUGCUGCGUGGGGCGCGUGGGCACGGGGCUUCCUGCCUCUGUGCUCCGACACCUGGCAAGCAGCCGGAGACAAAACGCCUUAAAGCCCCGGCCCAGCCCCGCAGGUGUAUUGCAGGGGCCUGGGGGCGGCCCUGGACUGGUGGGCGGUUCCCCAGCGGGGUGCCCUGGAGGCUGCCGGGCAGAGUGGAGCAGCUUGGGGCCGUGCCCAGGGCGGUGGCUGUGAGUCUAGUUUUUGCUUUACCAAGUGUACAGAAAUGGCAUUUACGUUUCUCUGAUGCUCCCUUGAAGCCAUAGAAUUUAGGGGCUUUUUUAAAAAAAUAAAAGAAAAAUGAAACCAAA